GAAGGCACAGUGAUGGUGACUCCAGCCCGGCAUACGUCAGCUGACUUCAAUAUCACUACCUCAGAGCUGAAAAAUCUGAUGCAGUUUCGAAAGAAAGAAGCUGUGCACAAAAUAAAAGAAUUAUACGGUGACGUCUUUGAAAUCUGUAAUCGUCUGAAAACAUCUCCUACAAGUGGAAUAUCUUCAUCAGAAGUAGAGCUUAGGAAAUCUGUGUUUGGAAAGAACUUUAUACCUCCUAAGAAGCCCCUAACGUUUCUUGAAUUGAUAUGGGAAGCACUGCAGGAUAUGACAUUAUGUAUCUUGGAAGUUGCAGCCCUCAUAUCACUGGGACUUUCGUUUUAUCAUCCUUCAGGGGUAAAUCUUGCAGCAUGUCGUUUGGAGGAAUUCGAAGGAGAAGAAGAAGAAGCAAACACCGAAUGGAUUGAAGGUUCUGCUAUUCUUCUGUCAGUUGUUUGUGUGGUGCUGGUGACAGCUUUCAAUGACUGGAGCAAGGAAAAACAGUUCAGGGGACUGCAGCGUCGCAUUGAAAAGGAGCAAAAAGUUACUGUCAUCAGGAGUGGGGAUAUAACACAGGUCCCAGUAGUUGACUUAGUGGUUGGGGAUGUCAUGCAAAUCAGAUACGGGGAUCUUCUACCAGCUGAUGGUCUGCUUCUCCAAGGCUACGAUUUGAAACUAGAUGAAAGCUCCCUUACCGGGGAAUCUGAUCAAGUCAAGAAGAAUUUAAGUCAGGAUCCUAUGUUGUUAUCAGGUACCCACGUGAUGGAAGGCUCUGGAAAAAUGGUUGUUACAGCUGUUGGUAUUAACUCACAAACUGGUAUUAUCCUUACUUUACUUGGAGUUGGAGAGCAUGAGAAACCAAAAGAGACCAACCAGAAUGGUUCCCCUAAGAACAAAGAAGGGAAAAAAGUUGAUGAGAAGGAAACAGAGGAAACUGAGGAAAGCUCCCUAAAACCUGCUGGGCACAAAAAAGAAAAAUCUGUCCUUCAGGGAAAACUUACCAGAUUAGCCGUGCAAAUUGGCAAAGCUGGGCUGGCAAUGUCUGUCAUCACCGUCACUGUUCUUAUAGCCUCUUUCUUCAUUCGAACAUUUGUGGUUGAGAAGCGCAUUUGGACUGUUGAAUGUACGCCUGUGUAUGUACAAUAUAUAGUGAAAUUCUUUAUCAUUGGCGUGACGAUUUUGGUUGUAGCCGUGCCUGAGGGCCUCCCACUUGCGGUAACCAUCUCCCUCGCCUAUUCUGUGAAGCAAAUGAUGAGAGAUAAUAAUUUGGUCAGGCAUCUGGAUGCCUGCGAAACUAUGGGCAACGCAACAGCCAUUUGCUCAGAUAAAACCGGGACCUUAACAAUGAACAGAAUGACAGUGGUUCAGAUUUUUAUUGGGGGUAAACAUUACAAAAUUGUUCCUGACCCUACUUUAAUUCAUCCAACUUUGUUGGCUUAUCUGCUGAAGGGUGUUUCUGUUAACUGUGCUUAUACGUCCAAGAUCCUGAAACCUGAAGUAGAAGGAGGCCUGCCCCGUCAAAUUGGCAAUAAAACGGAAUGUGCUUUACUGGGCUUGCUUAUAGAACUAAAUCUGAAUUAUGAGGCUAUGAGGACUAAGAUACCAGAAGAAAUGUUGUAUAAAGUGUAUACCUUCAAUUCCGACAGGAAGUCUAUGAGCACAGUUUUGAAAAAUGCUGCUGGUGGCUAUCAGCUCUUCAGCAAGGGUGCUUCUGAAAUACUCCUUCAAAAAUGCACCAAAAUAUUGAACUCUGCUGCAGAGCGUGAGCCUUUUUCCAGAAAGGAUAGGGAAAAUGUGAUAAAAAAUGUGAUUGCCCCAAUGGCUUCUGAGGGACUCCGAACCAUCUGUAUUGCUUUCAGAGAUUUUCCAGGUGGCCCUGAUUCAAACGAACCAGAAUGGGAUGAGGAGGACACUGUUAUUAAGGAUUUAACCUGCGUUGCAGUUGUGGGCAUUGAAGAUCCAGUGAGACCCGAAGUUCCAGACGCAAUCAGGAAGUGUCAGAACGCUGGCAUCGUUGUCCGUAUGGUCACGGGGGAUAAUAUUAACACAGCGCGGGCAAUUGCCGCCAAAUGUGGGAUUCUGCGACCCGGGGAGACCUUCCUGUGUUUAGAGGGGGGUGAGUUUAAUAGAUUAAUUCGUAAUCAGAAUGGGGAGAUCAAACAAGAAUUGAUAGACAGGAUCUGGCCUACCCUAGCUGUGCUUGCAAGAUCCUCCCCAGCUGAUAAGUACAACUUGGUGGAAGGGAUCAUCAACAGCAAUAUCACAGAGCAAAGACAAGUGGUAGCAGUCACUGGGGAUGGUACUAAUGACGGGCCGGCGUUAAAAAAGGCUGAUGUUGGCUUUGCCAUGGGGAUUGCUGGAACAGAUGUAGCUAAGGAAGCUUCUGAUAUUAUUCUUACUGAUGACAAUUUUUCAAGCAUUGUAAAAGCAGUGAUGUGGGGUAGAAAUGUGUACGAUAGCAUUUCCAAAUUUCUUCAGUUUCAACUGACCGUCAAUGUGGUAGCCGUGAUUGUUGCUUUUACAGGUGCCUGCGUCACCCAGAAUUCCCCUCUGAAGGCAGUUCAGAUGUUGUGGGUUAAUCUCAUUAUGGAUACCUUUGCUUCUCUCGCUUUAGCCACAGAAAAGCCAACCGAAGCAUUGCUGAAACGGAAGCCUUAUGGCAGAAAUAAGCCACUCGUCUCCCGUAUAAUGAUGAAAAAUAUUUUCUUACAUGCCAUCUAUCAGAUGGUAGUGGUCUUUUCACUACUGUUUGUAGGAGAAAGGUUAUUUGAUAUUGAAAAUGGACGAAUCUCAACACUGCAGUCCCCACCCACCCAGCAUUACACUCUUAUAUUUAACACAUUUGUAAUGAUGCAAAUUUGUAAUGAAGUCAAUGCACGAAAGAUUCACGGAGAACGGAAUGUUUUUUCGGGAAUAUUUAAAAAUAGCAUUUUUUGCUGUGUCACUCUAGGAACCUUGAUUAUACAAGUCGUAAUUGUUCAGUUUGGAGGGAAGCCCUUUAGUUGCACAGCUCUUACCCUAGAGCAGUGGCUGUGGUCCCUCUUUUUUGGCCUGGGGUCCUUGGUAUGGGGACAAGUCAUCAUUAGUAUUCCUACCAGAUAUAUGUGGUUCCUGAAAGAAAUUGGACAGCAGCCUCUCAAAGAGGAGGUAACAGGACAAGUAACUGAAGAGAUUGACUAUGGUGAACAGGAACUGCGUCACAGCCAAAUUUUGUGGUGCAGGGGCUUAAGUAGAAUACAAGCUCAGUGCCGAGUAGUGAAUGCCUUUCGCUCUGGUGCAGCCUUCGGUGCCUUCCGA